UGGUGCACUUUAUUUAAUUACUAUGUCAUGCUGUGAUGCAGCAGCUAAUUCUAUACUCCAUACUGACAAAAUCUGAUCACAAAUCAUGUAAAUUGUGAGUCAAGUGUGUGUCUUGACUUCCGUUGAACCCCUGAAACUCACCAAGCCCCUGUUGUUUGAUCAAACCAAGGCUAGGAACCACUAAACUAGACCUAUAUACUAGCCUAUAUAAUUAAUAUGUUACUAAGCCCAAAAGCAAUGAAUAAAAGAAAAUCUGGAAAGCUACUGCUUAAAAACCUAAGGGACAACACUCAGAGAAAUCAAGUUCAAUAGCCUCAUUAACAUAAAUUAUCAUUAGGGUGACACCUGUUCAUUCUCUACAUAAUUAUUAACAUAAAAUGACAUCAAUACCGGACCAGGAGCUAGAAUACCACUACUCACCUAGCCAGUGGUCUCAUAGAAUGAGUCCAAAUGAAGUUAUAGCUGAUCAUCUUGAUGCCCAGGCUCAAGGAAGUAAACAUUCAUUGUGGACAUUAGACUGUGAAACAGAGAUCAGCUAUGGAGACUCUGAGAGACAAAAGUUGGAUAUUUUUGACAAGAGAAAUUCUUCAAAGAAAGGUGCUCCAAUAAUGGUUUAUUUUCAUGGUGGUUACUGGCAGGUCAAGGAGCUUGGGCGGGAAGUUUCUAGCUGUUUGGCUGUACCAUUGUGCAAUGCUGGGGCCACAGUGGUUGUGGUUGGAUAUGAUCUGACACCAGAUGUUACACUGGAUACUAUCAUACAACAAAUAAAGAAAGCCAUAUACUAUGUGAUUGAUUUAGCAAAAGAGAGAGAAAGCAAAGGGAUAUAUUUAUCUGGACAUUCUGCUGGUGGUCACCUUGCUGCUAUGAUGCUGAUGUCAAGUUUUUCAGACUUCGACCCAUUUGACUGUGAAUUGAUUAAAGGUGCUAUGCUUGUGAGUGGGGUGUAUGAUCUUAGACCAUUAACUAAAACUUCCAAUAACGUGGCCUUAAAGUUGACUGAGGAAGAUGCUUGGCGCUUAAGUCCCCAAAAUUUCGUGAAGGAAAUAGCUCAGCAAUCUCAGCAUCGUCACAUUGUGUUAGCCGUGGGUGAAUAUGAUCCGCCAGAGUUUAGACGUCAGAGUGGCGAGAUGGAGAAGAUGUUAAGAAAAUUUGGAGUGAAAACAAGUUAUCUAGACAUACCAGACACAGAUCACUUUAGUGUUGUGGACAAACUAAAUGAGCCUGGAUAUUUACUUACUAAAGAAUGCAUUCGUCUCAUGGGUCUUUAACAACAUAUGGCUAUGGGUUUUUUUAAAUGUGAAAUGAUAAACAGUGAUUUCUGCACAAGGACUCUUAUCUUCAAGAAAUCUCAAUAAACACUUUAUUGAAGGAGUCUCCAAGUAUAUACUUCCAUACAGCAGCAUUAUAUAAGCAGUCUUAUUUUAUGUUUGUUUUAUAUGCAAUUUUUUCAUAUACAAUUUAACCAAUGCUGUGAUGUCUAUGGGUUACGUAAAAUACAAUACAGACACAGUUACCUAUGCAGUUAUUACAGUGCCUUAGAUUACUUAGAAUAAUUAAUUAAAACAGUAUAGAUGCUAGACUUUUUAAUUUGGGAAGUUUAUACACCUUAUGUUACCUGUUUCUUCUCAGAUUACAUGAAUGUAUGUUUUUUUAUUUGGAUCUGAUAAAAUUUACAUAAUAAAAACAGGUUAAUUAGUAUUUACAUUACAUUUUAUUCUGUUUAUGUAAGUGUAUCUGCAAAUUAUUUAUUUAUUUUUAUACAUAUUGGAUAAAUAGCAAAAACGGUGAUGGGAAUAUGAUUUUUGAAUAUGGCUUACUUCAUUUUAUACCCUCUGCAUUUACUUGGAUCAAGCAAGGUUUUUACUGGUUGUGUUGAAUAAACAUGUGUCAUUUUCUAAUGCAGCAAUAAUGGUAAGGUCUUCCAGGUUGAUUUUGUGUACACAGAUACUGUUUACAUAUCUAUGUAACUGCCUUAAAGAAUUAUAUUUUUAAGUGCUUUAAAAGUACAGCACAGGUAAAUUUAUGUGUUCAUCAAGACUUAAUUUUCAUUAAGAUGGAGAUUAUAAUUAGAAAAUUAUGAUGUAGAUACUGAUGAGGUUGUUUGUAUACUAAAUUAUACCAGGUGUUGCUUUUACUUAAAAAUUGUGAUCCUGUCUAUAUAUUCCACAAUAGAACUUAUAUUUCACUUUCAUGCUUGUAAUUUUCUUAUGUCAUAU